AUGCACAAUGCACCUACCGACGACAUGCUCGUCAGGCAUGCUUCGCCGUCCCUGAAUGUGAAUAGCAUCCAUGGCCCUGUGGUAAAUCCGUAUCAUUCUCUAAAUGAGAAAUCCAUACCUUGGGCCGAACGCGAACGAAGAUCGGCGGGUGGAAGCUCGGGUGGAAGUGCUGCAGCUGUUGCAGCUGGUAUGUGUGAUGCUGCACUAGGUACAGAUACAGGUGGCUCUGUUCGUCUUCCCGCAUCAUACUGCGGUAUCACGGGCUUGAAGCCCUCAUAUGGCCUUAUUAGCAGAUGGGGUGUGGUGUCUUAUGCUGAUAGUCUUGACUGCGUCGGUGUGCUUGGCAAGUCCGUCGACACAGUAAAGACCACUCGAUUUCAUCAUAUGAUCCAAAGGAUCCUACCGCAGGCGACACCUCAUGCAAGGGAGAAGGCAAAAGUUUCAGCAGAAUCACUGUUAUCAACUCUGGAUGCGGAUUUGUCUAGCCCUGACCUCUCGUCACUUCGGAUUGGGAUACCACAAGAAUAUUUCCCUUCUGAACUUAACACUACUAUUGUGACCGCGGUUCGCAGGGUUCUAGAGCGACUGUCGUCCCUUGGCGCUCAAUUGAUUCCUGUCUCUCUUCCAUCGACGCCCUAUGCAUUGAGUGCAUAUUACGUCAUAGCAAGUGCAGAAGCGUCAAGCAAUUUAGCGCGAUAUGACGGGGUUCAAUACGGUACUCGUUCCCGUCUGCUUCCUGGCGCAGAUAAAUCCAAACCAGGCAAUGUGUACGCACACACACGCUCGGUAGGUUUUGGAGCGGAGGUGCAGAAGCGCAUCCUCCUUGGCACUCAUGCACUCACAGCUGAUGCAUUCGACAAUUACUUUCUUCAAGCUCAGCGCAUCCGGCAGCGGAUCAAGACCGACUUCGACUCUGCUUUUCGCGUCCCCAAUGCUCAACUAUCCGAUCCUUCGCCAAAUCCCGAUGGCGUGGAUAUUCUUUUGCAUCCUUCUGCGAUUCGUACCGCACCUCGACUAGACUCAGAUGCAGCCUCUGGUCUGGGUCCAUAUCUGCAGGACGUUAUGACUGUUCCUGCUUCUCUGGCUGGCUUACCAGCAGUGAGUAUCCCUGCCGGGUUAGCCGCCGACGGUUGGCCUGUUGGGGUCAGCGUUGUUGGACAGUGGGGUUCUGACGAACUAGUAAUGUGCAUUGGCAAGGUGAUCGAACGGACAUCAAACGAAGAUAAUCGUAAUUUUUAG